GAGCGGUUCACCACUGUUUUCCUUCCUCCAGGGUGGGACUGUAGCGAGGAAACAUACUGUAUAUAUCACAUAUUUUGUAAAAUAUUUAGUUUAGAAGCUAAACAAAAGACAGCUGGCUCUUGUGACUAACCAUGACCUGCCUAUUCAAGACGUUUUCGACACCGUUUGGUUCAUAUUCCCGAAUAAGGUGUUCGUGUAAAACGGUGAAAUUAUUUCGAGAACAUUACUAAUACUGACCUCGGUACAAACGGAGCUAAACGCCGCUCGGUAAAGAAGAGUCGUGUUUGUCUUUUAUUUAUGUUUAUACAAAUAUAUUCGCCACUGAAAUGGAGGACGGCUUGGCGUCAGAAGACGAUAUCUUGCUGCAAUCUGAGAAGGUGUUUCACAAUGCUGCAAAACGGAAUGACACAGGAAAGAUGCUGGAGCUUAUUAGGAACGGGGUAGACAUCAAAGCUAAAAAUAAAGUAGACAGGAAGGCACUGCACUGGGCUGCAGGUGCAGGUAGUGAAGAUGCAUUGCGUCUGCUGCUGGAGCAUGAUACAGAGCUGGAUGAUGGAGACAGUUUUGGCAUGAGUGCACUGCUGUUGGCUGCAUGGUUUGGUCACCUUAAAAUAUUAAAGAUCCUUGUCUCAUCUGGUGCAAAACUCAACUGUGAAAACAAAAAUGGGCUGAAUCUUCUGCACUGUGCUGCACAACGGGGUCAUAUUCAUAUUCUCGAGUACAUCAUGGAGGAUCUGGAGGAUGUACGACUUGACAGAGCUGACAAGUCAGGUAAGACAGCAUUUCAUCUGGCAACAGAACAUGGACAGUUGGAAGUGACGGAGUAUCUUAUUGGCAUGGGCUGCGCUCACGACCUCAAGGACAAGGAGGACAACACUGCACUCCAUCUGGCAGCGAAACACGGCCAUGCCGAGGUUCUUCAGAAGAUUCUUGAAACAGAGGAGAACAUCAACAAGAAGAAUAUUGACGGUCUGACCGCUUUACACUUGUCUGUGGAUGGAGGGCAUUAUGACUGUGUCAGGCUGCUGCUUGAGGCUCACUGCAAUGUCAGUGAACUCACAAAUAGGAAUAUGACGGCUCUACACUUGGCAGCCCAGCAUGGAUUUGAAAGAGAGGCCAAGCUUCUUGUGGAGGCUGGAGUAAGUGUAGACUCAGUGAACACUAAUCAUUCCACCGCACUGCACUUGGCAGUGUUCAACAACUACACAGAGAUUGUUAAAAUACUCAUUGAUGCAGAAUGUGACUUAGAUGUUUUUGAUGAGCGGCUUCAAACAGCCUUGCACAUAGCAGCAGAACACGGACGCCAAAACAUAGCUGAACUGAUCCUCGUUGCUGGGGUUAACCUCAAACUUCUCGACAAGCAGGGAAAGACAUCACUGGACAUUGCAGCCAGAAGCAAUCAUGUGAACGUGGUCGACAUGAUUAUCAAAGCGGAUAGAUUUUACAAACGGGAACAGGACAAUGUGAACUGCUCAGAUUCGUUACUGGGAAGGAAUGUGACAUUCAAACAAGACCAUCAGCAUGAGACACAGCACAUUCGCUCCAUCUUGUGGAAAUUAGCCACGAAAUACCUGAAAGCUGGCGAGUGGAAGACACUGGCGCAGCACUGGCACUUCACAGACGCACACAUCCGAGCAAUAGAAGAUGAGUGGACAGGUACUAAAAGCUAUAAGGACCAUGGGCAUCGCAUGCUGCUGAUCUGGCUGCAUGGUGUGUUGAUUGCUGGAGAAAACCCAAUUAAAAGCUUGUAUGAAGGGCUGAUGGGAAUCUCAAGGAAGGAUCUGGCAGAGAGUAUGCGACAGCAGGCCAAUGCAGACCCCGCCACUCCAAAGAAGUGUGCAACAAUGUGAAACUGAGGAAAUUAAUUUUACAGCAAUAUAGAUAAAAGAUGAAAUCCAGUUUCUUCGGAAGAUUCUUUCCUCAACACACUGAUAUAAUCAGUUUUGAAGGGCUACUACAGUACUACCCGUUGAUCCUUGUGACAAUGAAAAGUAAAAAAUUGAACUUUUAAAUUUUAUGCAAAUAUGCAGAAUUCUGUGACGUGACAAAUCCAAAUGGUUGAAUAAAUUCCUUAGAUGUGGGUCUGAUAUUCCCCAGUUCUCUAUGUAUAGGUUUUAGGCCCUGCUUACAUUUAUUAUCUAUUAAAUUAUAUAGUGUAAAAUAUAGAGAUAUAGCUGACAAUAGCUAGAUAUAGCUGACAAUAGAUAGUUUUUCCACUUUCAGACAGUUGUAAAGAAAUUUUGCAAACCAAAAAAUGUACCAUUCUGAUGAAUUUUGCAUAUAGUUGAAAACGUCAGACAGCACAACAAUAGCUGCAUAGUAAAGUAUUAAAGAUAUAAAGAUAUAUGAUAUGAUUUCUAAGAUAGAAAAUGAACCAGCAUCAGCAACUUGUCACCUUUAUUUUGUUGUAAAUCCAGGGUUAAGAGGCUACAGCUACAAGCACUGUGUUAAUUUACACUGUGUUCCAAAAAAAAUUAUUAUAAUCGAAUCCGUUUUUAUGCAUUGCAUUGCCGGUAUACUGUCAUACAAACGUUAUCAUUUAAAUUAGCGACUCUAACUGCACUGAUUCUCCUGCACAAGGCUAGUGGGUUUGACACAUUGAGGAGUCUAAUGACUCAACAACUGAGGAGAAAGAUUUUGGAAAAUAGAGGAUAAAUGUCCAACCAAGGAGACUCAUUUGUCAGUGUUUGCCGUCUUAUGUUGCAAAAUUCACUUUCUUCCCUAGGCCUAAAUCAGCUUUUUUUUUUUUCUUUUGAAAAUACUGUUUCACUUGCAUGGCUUUAACCAAAUAUCUAUAUCACAUGCUGUAGCAUGAAAACUGUGACUUAAAAAUGUUUUAAAAAGCUGUGGAUGUGUAUACAUGUAUAAAUAGAAUGAAAAGGUUUCAUUGCUUAAAUGUGUUUAAUUAGCAUUUUAAGGCUACAAUAAGGAUAUUUUGGGAAGAUCUCAUCCUUAAUCUCUCUCAUACAUUGUAAAUUUAAUCCCAAGCAGAUUCAAUUAUAGAAUUAUUUCUUUAAGAAUCUUUCAAAUCAAUCUUUUCUAAUAGUGUUUAAUAC